AUGGCUAGUACCAGUGCAUCCUCUCAACAUCGAUGGACAUAUGAUGUCUUUGUAAGCUUUAGAGGUAAAGAUAUCCGUAAAAGCUUCAUGGAUCAUCUAUUCAAAGAUUUCAAACAAAAGGGAAUUAAUGCUUUCAGAGACGAUGACGAAAACCUGAGAGGAGAAGAGUUGCCUCCUGAACUGUACAAAGCCAUUGAAGAAUCAWGGUUUUUGAUAGUUGUCUUCUCCAAAAAAUUUGCAUCUUCGUCAUGGUGUUUGAGGGAACUCACUAAAAUCCUCGAGUGCAAGCGAGCAGGGGAGCCCAAACAUGAGGUCCGAAUUGUAUUUUAUGAUGUAAAGCCUGAUGUAGUGAGGAAACAAACUGGGAGCUAUGCGGAAGCCUUCAUCAAACAUGAAAGAUCAAAUACAAUUGAACAG